AUGGAGAAAAUGCAUGAAACUCGAGAUUCUGAUGAAAAAAUGACAAACAAUGGUGAGGAUGAUGACAAUCUGGAGGAUGAGGAAGAUGCUGAGGAAGAGGGCAGUGGCAGUGAUGAAGACAGUGAGGAGGAGUGCCACAAAGAUAAGAACAACAAAGAAGAUGUGAAUCAAGAUCCACACACCACAGAAUAUCUCAUUAAUGACGAUAUCACAGAUGAGAUAGAUGAGUUUGGAUAUACCAGCCUAGAUCAGGUUCUUGUAGAAGAUGAGGACGAUGAUGCCCUCGGGGCAGAAGAUGGUGAAGAAGAUCACAGUGCAGUAAGGGACACUAGAAAGAGCUGGCAGUGCCUUGCAAGGAGCGUGGGAGGCUCACGGGUGUUUUGUAACAUGGCCAGUGAGGUCAGCAACACAGUGUGGGAGUCCUCUCAGGAGCUGCCAGGCCUUUCUGAUUCUGGAUGGUUUUGCUGA